UGUACCCAAAAUCCACUGUACCUAAAAAGAGUUUCAAAGGAGAGACUCUUUGGGUAAGAAAAGCAGAAAAAAAUGGCGAGGAAGAGUAGUAUGGGGUGUGGGUAUUACGUCGUCGUAUUCGUGCUUUUGUUCUUUGGGGCUAUCAAGGUGAGAUCGGAUUCAUCAGAUCAUAAGUACAAAUCUGGAGAAGAAGUACCUUUGUAUGCAAAUAAAGUCGGUCCUUUUCACAAUCCUAGUGAAACAUAUCGCUACUUUGAUCUUCCUUUUUGUUCUCCAGGUCAUGUAAAAGAUAAAACUGAAGCUCUUGGUGAGGUGUUGAAUGGAGAUCGUUUAGUCACUGCUCCAUACAAACUUGACUUCAUGAAUGAUCGAGAAACUGAGGUAGUUUGCAAGAAGGCAUUGUCAAAGGAAGAAGUUGCAAGAUUCCGUGAUGCUGUUGCCAAGGACUACUACUUCCAGAUGUUCUUUGAUGACCUUCCCAUUUGGGGUUUCAUCGGUAAGGUAGAUAAGGAGGGGAAAGCUGACCCCAGUGAGUACAAAUAUUACCUUUUUAAACAUCUUCAUUUUGACAUCCAUCACAACAAAGACCGCGUGAUUGAAGUCAAUGCACGAACUGACCCCAAUGCCCUAGUGGACAUAACUGAAGAUAAGGAAGUUGAUGUAGACUUCAUGUACUCUGUAAAAUGGAAGGAAACAGAAAUCCCUUUUGAGAAAAGGAUGGAAAAAUACUCGCAGACUUCAGCUUUACCACAUCAUUUGGAGAUCCACUGGUUCUCAAUCAUUAAUUCUUGUGUCACAGUUCUUCUCUUAACUGGUUUCCUUGCUACAAUUUUGAUGCGUGUCCUUAAAAAUGACUUUGUCAAAUAUGCCCAUGAUGAGGAAGCAGCUGAUGACCAAGAAGAAACUGGGUGGAAGUACAUUCAUGGUGACGUGUUUAGGUACCCGAAGCAGAAGUCACUUUUUGCAGCAGCCCUGGGUUCUGGCACACAGUUGUUUACCCUGGCUAUUUUCAUAUUCAUUCUUGCACUUGUUGGUGUGUUUUACCCCUACAACCGAGGAGCACUUUUUACAGCUUUGGUGGUUAUUUAUGCCCUUACAUCAGGAAUUGCAGGCUAUACUGCAGCAUCAUUCUAUUGCCAACUUGAAGGAAAAAAUUGGGUAAGGAACUUGUUGUUGACAGGAGGGCUGUUCUGUGGGCCGCUGCUUCUAACUUUCUGCUUUCUUAAUACUGUUGCAAUUGGUUAUCAUGCCACUGCAGCACUUCCCUUUGGUACCAUCGUGGUCAUUUUCCUCAUAUGGGCCCUUGUGACAUCACCAUUGCUCGUAUUGGGAGGAAUUGCAGGAAAGAAUAGCAAGGCAGAAUUUCAAGCUCCAACCCGAACAACGAAGUACCCGAGAGAGAUACCCCAAUUACCCUGGUAUCGCGGGGCUCUUCCUCAGAUGGCAAUGGCUGGGUUCUUGCCUUUCAGCGCUAUCUACAUUGAACUUUAUUACAUAUUUGCCAGCGUGUGGGGUCACAGAAUUUACACGAUUUACAGUAUCUUAUUCAUAGUUUUCAUCAUUCUGAUCAUUGUCACUGCAUUUAUUACGGUGGCUUUGACAUAUUUCCAACUUGCUGCAGAAGACCAUGAAUGGUGGUGGAGGUCGUUCCUUUGUGGUGGAUCAACCGGCUUGUUCAUCUAUGGCUACUGCCUGUAUUACUAUUAUGCCCGCUCCGACAUGUCAGGUUUCAUGCAAACCUCAUUCUUCUUUGGUUACAUGGCUUGCAUUUGCUAUGCCUUCUUUCUCAUGCUUGGAACUGUUGGUUUCCGAGCUGCUUUGUUUUUCGUCCGCCACAUAUACCGCUCAAUCAAGUGCGAGUAAGAUGCAGAAUUCCACAUCAGCCUGGUUCAACCGAAUGCAACAGGGGCUUGUGUUUUUGGUGUAUAAAUCGUCGACGUGCUUGGAGUAGUUCAACACAUGUUAGAUCCAUUUAGAAUUGAUGUGGAGCAACAAAGCAGAAGAAAUAUGUUGAAAGAAGUAGUUCAAAUCAGUGCUUUUUAAUGUGUUUAGAACAAAGAGUUUAUUAGUUUUAGCUUCAGCUUAUUUUUACCUAGUUUUAACCUUCUUGAUAUAUAGAAUAUGGUCUGUUAAUUGCAUCCUAAGCUGUUUAUGUUCCAAUUAUUGUGUUAGUCAUACUUGUUAUAGUA